AUGAGUUUAGCAACCCAUCAGGCAGAGUUACGAGUGUGUCAGGAAAUAACUCAGGAAUUAAUGCAAAUGCCAUGUGCUGUUUUAUUUAAUGAACCAGUGAAAGCAAAGCUUAAAGAUUACGAACGUUAUGUAAAAGUAAUCAAAAAUCCACAAGACUUAGGUACUAUUCUAAAACGUCUUCAAUCCUCUGAGUAUCAGAACUAUCAACAAUGGGAAAAAGAUAUUGCAUUAGUAUGGAGUAACGCAGAAGCUUAUAAUGGAAAAGAUUCAUAUGUCACUCAAAUUGCAAGGCACAUGGCAAAGCAAUGCGAAUCUAUGAAAAAAAGAAUAUCAAUGCAGAAAAUUUCAGGCUGGAUGAAAUAUUUAUACAUAUGGAGAGAAAAAUUAGAUAAGCUGUUAGUGUCACCGCCACAAUCUUCAACAAUUCGAUUUUUCCCAGAUAUUAAAUACAUUCCUCCAGAGUAUAAACCACUUACAAGUAAAGAAAAAGAUCAAUUAAUUGAGCAGAGUCGAAUAGUUGCGAAAGGUGAUGAUUUAAAGCACAUAGCUAAAAUAGUUGAACUGGAUCCUCAAGGAGAAAUUAAAGAUGACAACGUUGUUAUUAAUGUUGAUUUAUUAUCACCAAAAACUUUAUAUAGCCUUCAAAAAUUUUACAAAAAGCGGGUAUCAGAACUUAAUGAGUAG